AUGAUCGUUUGGAAGGCUAACACGAGUCGCCGGAAGUGCGGAAGCUGGUCUAGAAUGGCGACAAAAGUCGCGUCACAAAUAUCGCGGACAACAGUACUUUGGCUCGUUUUAGCAUUAGUCAGUACGCGAGCAAAAGCUGGUGAACUAUGGCCGACGGAGAGACCAGACGGUAUGCCUGUGAUACAGUCGCUAGAAGUUAUGUGCGGGAAAGACCACAUGGAUGUACAUCUAACCUUUUCUCAGCCGUUUGAAGGCAUCGUGUCUUCUAAAGGACAGCACGGUGACCCUCGUUGUGUGUACGUGCCUCCGUCCACGGGUCAAACCUACUUCUCCUUUAGAAUAGCAUACGCCAAGUGUGGAACCAAACCUGACCUCCAUGGCCAGUUCUACGAGAACACAGUCGUGGUGCAGUACGACAAGGACCUGCUGGAGGUAUGGGACGAGGCGAAAAGACUUCGGUGCGAGUGGUUUAACGAUUACGAAAAGACUGCUUCCAAACCACCUAUGGUCAUCGCUGACUUGGACGUAGUACAGUUAGACUUUAGAGGUGACAACGUAGACUGCUGGAUGGAAAUCCAAGCUGGAAAAGGACCAUGGGCGCCUCCUGUCUCCGGAAUAGUGCCUCUUGGUUCCACUCUCACGCUCGUCGUUGCGAUAAACGACUAUCGAGGUGAAUUCGAUAUGCGAGUCAAAUCAUGCGCAGCCUCAGAUGGUUCCGGUCAUUUAAUACAACUGUCAGAUGAAUACGGCUGCGUUUUACGACCGAAAAUGAUAUCAAGGUUCUUAAAAGCAAAGGCUGUAGACGAAAGAGCAACGGUGAUAACCUAUGCUUUCUUCCACGCGUUUAAAUUCCCCGAUGCGUUGAGUGUCCACAUUCGUUGCAAAGUGGAGAUCUGUCGACACGGAUGCUUAGAUCACUGUCAACUGGCUGGCAUCGCUCCGGAGCCUCAUGGAGCUCUGGACCGCAAGGAUGAGAGGACUCAGGCUGACCAUAAUGAUAUAAACGACUUAACUUCCGAUGACACUGAUUUGAGUCUUGCUGAGGAUCAUCAGCGACUUCCACUGGAGGAAGCUUUCGGUGAUGAAGUGUCCGGUGAUGCAGUCCCAGCGCCAGCGCCACUACCCCAGCGCGCUCCUGCACCAGUCGUAGAAGCUGAUACCGAUCAUAUGUCUGCUGUUGAAGAACUAGUAGAGGCUCUAGCUCGGCCUUUCACGGAUCGUCCAUCCGAUCUUGGAGAACGCGAGCGCUUCCCACAUGGGCCACGAAACUUUGGUGAUCUCAAACCGAACGAAGCUGUGGUACCUGCCCAGAAGCCUGGGCCGGCUGUUGCUGGACCGCGUUCGUUGCGCAGGCGACGAACUGUUCGAGAUGCACGAUCCGCAGACGUGGGUGUCUCUGGCCUGUACGAUGUUGUUUCGGAAGCGGAUCUUGCGUUCGGUCCUUCGAGGGAACCAGUUACUGUGUUCAGCGGAAGAAUUCGAGAGGAGGUUGUUUAUGGUAUUUGUAUGGGUGCUAUGAGCUUCGGGGCACUAUUUGCAUCAGCUGCGGGAGCAGCGGCCGGUGCGGCUUUAGCUGCAGCUGUUCUUUUACAUAAGCUGCGCGCGCGCAUGGCUGCACAAACGCCGAUGGCGGCUGCCCCGGCAUCACACUCACUCGCUGCUUGGAUGGCAUUACGUCUACUCGGAUCACCACCUCAUCAUUCGCGCGAAGGAUGA